AGAAGCCCGAGGUCACAUCCUCAUAGCCAGCGCUAUGUCCUCCUACAGUUCACUUGUGCCCAGUGCGGCAAGGAGCCUUUUGUCGUCAUGUCGCUCUCCGCUUCGCCAGGGGUCAGUGACCCCUCUCCUCUCAAGCUUCCAGCAGGUUCGAGGAGCCAAGAACAAUCCUCAAGCACAGGGUAAAAAGAACAAGGAAAAGGAAAAGAGCAAGAAGGCAAAGAAGGGCCCUCGAGAGUUUAAGCAGAGUGAUUUGAAGGAUAUUGAUCAAUUCGCUCUUUGCGAUGCCAUGAGGUAUAUUCGCGCAUUCGAAGUCGGCCGCGAGCCAACUACUUCCAAGUACGAGAUACACAUCCGAUUGAAGACGAGAAGGGAUGGCCCUGUGAUCCGCAACAUGCUCCGAUUCCCUCAUUCAGUUCAAACAGAGUCACGGAUUUGUGUCGUUUGCCCUACUGGGUCUAGGCAUGAGAAGGAGGCUCGUGCUGCAGGAGCCGUCCUGGUUGGGGAACAGGAAGUUUUCGAUAAUGUGAAAAAGGGCAUCAUUGAGUUCGACCGUCUUAUCUGCCACCCGGAUAGUUUGGAAGCAUUGAACAAGGCUGGACUGGGCAGAGUUCUCGGUCCUAGAGGACUGAUGCCUAGCGCAAAAACAGGCACCGUCGUUGAAGACGUGGCCUCGAGGGUUGAGAUGCUGCGUGGCGGUACGGUAUACAGAGAGCGAGAUGCUGUCAUUCGACUGCCAAUUGGGCAAUUGGCAUUCUCCCCUGAACAGCUGCGAGACAACCUGCGCGCAACUAUCGAGCAAAUCAAGAAGGAUGCGGCUGGCCUCAACGAUCGUAUGAAUAAGGAGAUCCAUGAAGUGGUGCUGAGCUCGACCAAUGGCCCUGGUUUCAGUUUGAACGGAGAGUUCAAGUCUGACAAUUCCCCCGAGCCUGCAUCUUUGAGCGGUCUGUAAAAUAGCUUCAACUUAUUCGAGUGUUUGGGUGUACAGAUUAUGUUUUAUUAGGAAAGGCACGGUGUAUAAUGGUAUUGUUUCAUAUAUAUUC